GGGCCCUUGGCCCAAAAUUUCGAUGGAGCCUGAAAGUAAUAAUAUUUCCAGGAUUCACAGCAUCCAUCCAUACAGAGCACAGAGCAGUAAGUGCUGUGCUGCUUUCUAGCCGUUUAUUAGAGGAACAUGGCAGGCGCUUCGUUUCUGCAAACUCGUGUUCUGUCUUCUUUUGUUGGAGAUCGGUUGAGUCAUUCGAAGCGCCCUCUUCAUCAACUCUUCGGUUACAAACGAGGAGGCAAAUAUGCGUCCAUGCAACUAUCAAGAACACUUUCUGGCUUAACAAACCUCUUAUUCAAUAAAAGAAAUCUGGAUAAGUGGCCAGACAGCAAGCGUAAACGUUUAAAGCCUGGAAAAGUGUCUCCUCUUCGACCUGUUCCAGAUCAUAUACAAAGGCCUUCUUAUGUCAAUUCUCAGCAAGCACCUGGAAUUGCUAGUGGACCAGAAGUGCAUGAUGAAAGGGGGAUAGACUGCAUGAGAGCUUCUGGACGGCUUGCAGCUCAGGUUCUUGAAUACGCAGGGACUCUAGUCAAGCCAGGCAUAAAGACAGAUGAAAUUGACCAAGCAGUUCACCAAAUGAUUAUUGAUAAUGGAGCGUAUCCUUCACCUCUGGGCUAUGGUGGGUUUCCAAAGAGUGUCUGCACAUCAGUGAAUGAGUGCAUUUGCCAUGGAAUACCUGAUUCCCGUGCACUUGAGGAUGGUGACAUAAUUAAUAUCGAUGUCACAGUUUAUCUAAAUGGUUAUCAUGGUGAUACAUCAGCUACCUUCUUUUGCGGAGAUGUUGAUGAUGACGCUAGAAACUUGGUUCAGGUAACUAAAGAAUGCCUUAAUAAGGCAGUAUCAAUAUGUGGACCAGGAGUGGAAUACAAGAAAAUUGGUAAAACUAUAAAUGAUCAUGCAGAUAAAUUUCAUUAUGGUGUUGUCCAACAGUUUGUUGGCCAUGGAGUUGGACGUGUAUUUCAUGCUGAUCCUGUUAUUCUACAUUUCAGAAACAAUGAAGCUGGGCAUAUGAUGUUGAAUCAAACUUUCACAAUUGAACCGAUGUUGACAAUUGGUAGCAUUAAACCGAGAAUUUGGAGAGAUGACUGGACAGUGGUCACAGAAGAUGGAAGCCUGUCGGCACAAUUUGAGCACUCCAUUUUAAUAACCCAGGACGGGGCUGAGAUACUAACCAAGUGUUAAAAUGGCAUUAUCACCAUUUUUUGAGCAACAACAAACACCCGCAGAUGCCAAGCUUGGAGAAUGCCUACGGGCUAUACCCCCAGAUUUGAAUGCUCUCUUUCUUCUGGAUCAAAAUAUGUGCCUUGGACUGGGGGCAACGCCGUAUUCUUAUGCCUUGCUCAUUGAUUCUUUGUGAUUUAAUAAUGAGAGGAUGAACAUUAAUUUUUGUCCACAUUGUUGUUAACAUGUCCCGCCCUGCUUUACCGGCUGACUGAACACGAAGUAUUGUUGUGUAUCAGUUAAUAAGCUUGAUAGCUAAAGUCUUUACAAUAUCUGUGAGCAUUCACUAAUAUGAUCAUACUAUAAAAUAUUGGUUGAGCAACAAA